AAGCUGCAGAGCUAAGGGCACUCACUUCCUAUUCACCAGUCAGCAGGGAGGACUCCUCUCAGCAGCCACGUAGGCAUUCUCUUCUCUCUGGAGGAAAAGGCCCAGCAGCUGUCGGAGGGAAAGGCUCACCAGCUGUCAGAGCAAAAGGACAUGUCGCAGCUAAGUAAGAAUCUGGGAGAUCCGAGUCCCCCGGAGGAGGCCCCUAAGCCCGCGGUCUAUAGCCGCCCUACGGUUCUGAUGCGGGCUCCGCCCGCCUCCUCGCGGGCCCCUCCAGUCCCUUGGGACCCACCUCCGAUUGAUUUGCAGGCUUCACUGGCCGCUUGGCAGGCACCGCAGCCUGCUUGGGAGGCUCCGCAGGGCCAGCCGCCUGCCCCCGUGGCACCCAUGUCCCAGCCUCCAUCCCUAGGGGGCCCGAUGGUCCAGGCUCCCCCUCUGGGGGGCCCGAUGGGCAAGCCUCCGACUCCCGGAGUCUUGAUGAUCCAUCCUCCCCCUCCGGGAGCCCCGCUGGCCCAGCCUCCAACUCCGGGGGUCCUGAUGAUGCAUCCUUCGGCUCCCGGAGCCCCCAUGGCACAUCCUCCUCCUCCGGGGACCCCGAUGGCACAUCCUCCUCCUCCUGGGACCCCGAUGGCCCAUCCUCCUCCUCCCGGGACCCCGAUGGUGCACCCUCCUCCUCCGGGGACUCCAAUGGCGCACCCUCCUCCUCCGGGGACCCCGAUGGCGCACCCUCCUCCUCCGCCGGCGACCCCAAUGGCCCAUCCUCCCCCUCCGGGGACCCCGAUGGCGCAGCCUCCAGCUCCGGGAGUCCUGAUUCCCCAGCCUCUGACUCCGGGAGUCCUGAUGGUUCAGCCUCCUGCUCCGGGAGCUCCGAUAGCCCAGCCUCCACCUCCGGCACCCCUGAUGGCCCAGCCUCCUCCUCUAGGAGCUCCGAUGGCCAAGCCUCCAGGUCCUGGAGUCCUGAUGAUCCAUCCUGCAGGCUCGAGACCUCCGAUCACCCAGCCUCCAGCGACAGGAGCCCCGAUAGUUCAGCCGCCGGCGCCGGCACCACCUGCCCAGCCUAUGGCUUCCUGGGCCCCACAGGCUCAGCCUCUGAUCCUGCAGAUCCAGUCACAGGUUAUAAGGGCUCCUCCGCCGGUUCCCCAGGGCCCGCAGGCCCCACCGGCGCAGCUGGCCACUCCCCCGGGCUGGCAGUCCACCUCUCCGGGAUGGCAGGCCCCACCACAAGGCUGGCCGGCCACACCCCUGGGCUGGUCGACCACACAGGUCACCUGGCCUGGUCCGACAAUUGCUUGGCAGGCACCUCUAUCUGUGCGCCCUGGGCCACCACCCAUCCGCCCUGGCCCACCGCCCAUCCGCCCGGGCCCACCACCCAUUCGCCAGGCCCCACCCCCAAUACGCCAGGCACCGCCACUGAUCCGCCAGGCACCGCCACCCAUCCGCCCUGCCCCGCAGGUGCUGGCCACCCCGCCACCUCUCUGGCAGGCCCUGCCACCCCCACCACCGCUGCGGCAGGCCCCACAAACUCGACUGCCUACCCCGCAGUUGAGAGCGGCCCCGCCAAUUCGGGCGGCCCCCCAGGUGCCAACAGCCCCUCCAGCACCGCAGAUGCCGACCGCACCUCCUGCUGUCCCGCAGGCACCUCCGACUGUGAUGCCGGCCCCUCUACCGGUCCCACUGUCGGCCCCUCAGGCUGUGCACUGCCCACCCAUUAUCUGGCAGGCACCAAAAGGCCAGCCUCCAGCGCCGCAGGAGAUGCCAACGUCCAUGGAGUUCCAGGAAGUGCAGCAAGCCCAGGCCAGCCUGGCCUGGCAGGCUCCGAAAGCUCAGGGGCAAUUCUGGCAGUCCCUGACCACCCAGGAGGCCCAGAGGCAGGGCCCACCACUGGUUCAGCUGGAGCAGCCCUUUCAGGGGGCCCCCGCCUCCCAAAAGGCCCUUCAAAUCCAACUACCCACCCAGCAGGCUCAGCUCUCGGGUUCGCAGGCAGAGCUGCCAUCCAUGCAACUCCAGCCCUCCUGGCAGGGCCCCCCUGCAGCCCUGCAGGGCCAACCUGGAGCCCCCGUAGCAGGGGCAAAUUUUCCCAUGGGCUCUGCUAAAUCAUUGAUGACUCCAUCAGGAGAAUCUAGGGCUUCUUCUAUAGACCGAAGGACCUCUUCAAAAGAUCGUAGGACCUCUUCAAAGGAACGCAAAGCUCCUCUAAAAGACCGGAUGAUCUUCGGUGGCACUUUCUGUGCUCCCAGGGCAAUGCCACCUGCUGGAGCACACCUGCCAGCUCCCUGGAAAAACUUGCCUGCCACUUCUGAGACCUUUAAUGCCACUGCAAGGGUCUUUCCAUCUACCUCCCAGUUCCAGCCUGCCUCUUCUAAUGCCUUCAAGGGCCCAUCUGCCACCUCAGAGGCCCCAAGGUCACUGCCAUUUACUCUGCAGGAUCCGUUUGCCUGCAUUGAGGCCCUGCCUGCAGUCCCAUGGGUUCCACAGCCCAAUGCGAAUUCCUCAAAGGCGUCCAAGGCAGGACCCAGUAUCCUGAUGGCAACCGCAGCUGCCCCACAAGUGAUGGCCAUCACUCAAGAGGCCUCAAAGACCUCCGCUGAGCCACCACGUCGCUCAGGCAAGGCCACCCGGAAGAAGAAGCAUCUGAAUACAGAAGAGGGGGACAGCAGCGGCAAGAUGCUGAGCAUGCGUCACUGGCAGGCACCCAGGCGCUGGGAAAAUCUAGACUUGAAUGACUGGGAGGUUCAGACCCCCAUCCGAUUCCUGUGUGACUGGGAGGGCCCAAGCACCUCCCGAAUCCUGAGUGGCUGGGAGGGCCUGAGUACCUCCCAGAUCCUGAGUGGCUGGGAAGGGCCUAGUACUUCUUGGGCCCUGAGUGCCUGGGAGGGGCCGAGCACCUCAAGGGCCCUGGGUUUCUGGGAAAGCCCAGUUAGCCCUCCGUCCUUGAUCAUCUCUGAGCUCCCUACUCUUGCUCAGGGAUUUGGUGCCACCCAAUAUGAUCCCAAGCUGGAGACUCAACCGCUGUCUCCCUUGGAUGAGCGAGCAAAUGCACUGGUGCAGUUCCUCUUGGUUAAGGACCAAGCCAAGGUGCCCAUUAAGCGCUCAGAGAUGGUGAAAUUCAUCAUCCGUGAAUAUAAGGAUGAGUGCUUAGAAAUUAUCAGCCGGGCCAGCCACAAGCUGGAGUGUGUUUUUGGUUAUCAGUUGAAGGAAAUUGAUCCCCAAAACCACUCUUAUAUUCUCAUCAACAAGGGUCGAAAGGGUGACACAGGUGCAUCCUCUUUGGACAGGCCCAAGUUAGGCCUCCUGAUGGUGGUUCUGAGCCUCAUCUUUAUGAAAGGCAAUUGUGUCAGGGAGGACCUAAUUUUUACUUUUCUGUGCAAAUUAGGGCUGAAUAUCCGGGAGACACAUGGUCUUUUUGGAAAUACAAAGAAGCUCAUCACCGAAGUGUUUGUAAGGGAGAAGUACCUGGAAUACAGGCGAAUCCCCUUUACUGAGCCAGAGGAGCAUGAGUUCCUCUGGGGCCCCCGAGCAUUCCUUGAAACCAGCAAGAUGAUUGUCCUGAAGUUUUUGGCCAGGCUGUAUAAGAAAGAUCCACGGUGCUGGCCAUACCAGUACUAUGAAGCACUGGCAGAAUGUGAGUCUGAAGAUCUGGAUGAGGAUGAGUCUGGCCCUGAUGAUAAAACCGACGACCCCACCAGCAGCCCCCCUCCCCAUUAAUAUUGUUUAGCAAAUAUUUCAUGGUUCCUUUGGGUCCCCGGCCUAAGGCCACUGACAGGGUGGGGGGGGGGACGUUUUGUUUCUGGUGUUUCUGUUUAAGUUCCGUGUGUGUAAGUUUGGAUUUCAAUUUGCUUUUGUAUCUGCCAAAGCUUUGUACAUUUUCAUGUGGUGUUGAUUUCAACUGGCUAUUGUUCUAUUUGGUAUUUUGGCAUCUGUACUUUUAACUGAGAUCUGUGAUUCUGUUUUGUGUUAUAAUUGUUAUGUUUUGGUAUCAGAGUUGUGCUGGCUUUGUGAAAUGAAUUGAGAAGCUGUCCAUCUCAUUCUGGUACAGAUUAUGUAGCAUCAAAAUAGGCUAUUCUUUGAAUGUUAAAAUGACUCAUCAGUAAAAGCUGUCUGCAGAAAAGUAAAUAUCUAUAUCUAUAUAUAAAUAUAAUUUCAGCAUAA